UCAUGACAGUUAAUGUCCCAGACAGUGGGUCAAAUAGGUAUUAGGUUCUUUUUUUUUUUUUACAUAGGGUCAGGAUAAUUUGGAUUCCUUUUUUCCCUUAAAGUAAUUAAAUCAUCCCUUAAUUACUGCAUCUUGUAUUUAUGCUGGCUGUCUUGGUCUGAUAUUAAAUGGUAAAUGGAGUGAAUUUAAACAGAGCUUUUCCAGUUGCACCGACUAAUCAUAGCAGUGUAUGCAAGAGCCACAUUUACCAAUUGCACACACCAAUACACAGAUUGGUAGGCAACUGGAGGCUAAAUGUCUUGCCAGGGGCAUAUUGACAUGUGGCAGGAGGAAGCUGGAAUCAAAUCCACAACUUUCAGAAUGCAAGACCACUACUUUUCCCAUUGAGCCAUGGUCAUCAAAUUUGUUUGAUGAUCUUUUACAUGUAUGUAUUACAAACAUGGAUAAACUGAAUAAAUUUGUAAAGAUUAAAAGCUUAAAAGCAAAAUUAAUACAUUCAACACUCUUGUCUCUGUCAGACCUGUAGACCAAGUCAUGACAUUGGAAACAGGCCACCAGCACUGAAGUAUAUAUAUAGACCUGUCAGGAGUAAUAAGGACCAAAAAUCUUCUUUGAAAUGCUCAAUCAUUUGUGUUCAGGUUGUUAAACUACUAGACUAUCCCCUAUUAGAAUGCUAAGAUAUAAUGUACUGAAUCAUACAGAUUGAACAGAUGGCAAGUGAACUCCCCUACAUGCUGCAAAUACUUAAGAUGAAACACAGGAAGGCCGGUUUUCUAUUUCAAGAUUACGCUGAGCAUGAAAACUCAACUUGAGCAUGCUUGCUCAGAAAGUAAUCAACAGGGCAGCGCUAAAGUCUGCUGAGAAACUCAAGCAAAUCCAUCAAGACAGUCCUAACAAUGGAUACAUGGACAGAGGAUUUGUCACGGUCUGACGUUGAAGCUGAGAUGACAAUGUUGAGCGCAAAUGACGUUGCAGAACAAAAUGCUGAAGCAAGUGACGAAGUGGAGAUCCUUCGAAACAGUUUACGUGAGGCCGUCCAUGAUGACAGCGUCCGACCUAAAAUGCAGUGCCUGAUGAUGGAUACCUCUUUCUCAAUGGUGACUAUGCAAGGCGAGGACAGCGGAAUUGCAUGGGAAACAACAGCAAGUCGCUGUGCCACACCGUGGACACCUGAAGCUGGAACAGUGGAUGUUAGCUCACCAGCUCCAGUUCGACCUGGACUAUCAGGGUCUCAGCCUGCAGGAAAGAUCAUAUUUGUCAUGGAUGAACAGAUGAUUGCAAAACAGAGAAAAACUAAAGAAAAGGCAAACAAUCAGAAGAGCAAAGCGGAAAGACAACAAGAAGUGUGGGAUGAAACCUUUGACAGUGUCUCAGGACGACCAGAGUUGGUGGAGGUAUCUCAACCAAAUGUAAAAACUGAAGGAGAAAGAGAACAAGAGGAAGCGUCAGAUCUUCUGGAAAACAAAGAGCAGUGUUUGUUCAGCAUAGUGUCCGAAGGUUCAGAAAUCCUCAACAUUGUUGUCCCUCCUAAAUUUGCCACAGUGGAUGAAGAAGAGAGCAGAGAAAUGGUGGACAACCUGUCAUAUCUGGAGGAGAGCCCUGUUCCUAAAGCCAACGAGGAAACUCAAGACAGCGACAUGACAUUCUCGACAGAAUCAGGUGAUCAGUUUGAGCUUUUACCUCCAACUGGUUCUGGUGUAAUGGACCCACCAGGUGCUCCAGUGACCAGACCUCUGGUGAGAGGAGCAACUAGGAAUGUAGACUACUUUGAGGCGUUCUCUCUCGUUGAUGCCGAAGCUCCAGGGAGUCCUGCCGUUAUCCCACAUGGGCAGGAGGGGUAUGAAGCAAAAAGAGCCACUGACAGCCUGGAUACUGAGAAACCAGUGCCUGCUGAAAACCAAACAAUGACCAAAAGUUUGGACUUUGAUAAAUCAGACACAGUCAGUUUAGAAGACAUCACCAGUGACCUUCUAGAUGAUGUUUUCUAUGGCGGUACAGAAAGCUACGCUUUAAAAAGUCUGGACAGUACAGGUGAAGUUGGAGGAGCAGAAGGUCCAACAUCCAGGAUUAGUUCCAAAACAUGUGGAACAUCUUUGUUCGGUAGCCAAGAGGACAUCCUGACACCAAUCUUCCUACCUGAAGGACCAGCAAAAAUUAUUGACCAAAUAUUGCUGGAAGAGCCGAAAGCCAUGGCCUUCCUUUACACAGACCUGUACGAGGAAGCUGUGGGCAGCAGGAAGAAGGACGAGGAUGCAGAAAGUAUGACGUCUGAGAAAUCCUUCCAUAGCAGGCAUUCGGACCGAGAAGCUAGAGGAUAUUUGGAGAAAUAUGUCCUCAUUGAUGAGACUCCUACGGUGGAGACGGAACAGCAAGAAAAAGAAAAUUUCACAGCAGAAGAACUUCGGACUCUGCCUCAAGAUAUGUAUGACUUUGAAGAUAUUCUUGCUAAGUCUGAAAAAGAAGAGAAGCAAUGCUCAGACGAAGUCACAGACUUCUUCAGGUCCAGUGCCAAUUCUUCUCCCUGUGAUAUAGAACCUUUCCCUCGAUCACUAGAAGAUGACGACAUACAGAAAACAGCAAAAAGUAAUACCAAGACUCAAAAAAGUCUCUCCAUGGCUGUAGAAAAAGUCUCAAAAACCCCAGUAGAUCCACUUAGCUUCUCAAGCCUGGAGUUCCUGUCAGAGGAAUCAGACUGGGAGGGCAUAGACGAUGGUUUUACUGCUCUGGAUGUGAAAUAUGUUGGAGUCCAAAAAGAAGAAAAAAUGGGGAAGCAAGAAUCACAGCUUGAUAAGGAAGACAUCCCUCCCAGGAAGAAGGCACCGUCCUCUCCUAAAACAUGCUUGGAUCUAACACCUCUGAUUCCCAUUGAUAUGACUACUAAGGAAAAAGAGGAGGCUGGAGGAAAGGAGCACAGGGUGGAGGAGAAAGAGACAGCAUCGCCUGUAGAGACUGCUGACGAAGGCGAUGGGAACGGGGAGGACACUGUGCCUGCUAGCUCUGAAGUCGCACCACUUGAGAGUGCUCCAGCUGAGCAGAAGGCCUGGUCCUUGGAGAAGGAAAGUGCAAAGGAGUCUGAUAAGAUCACUGUCUUAGACGCAAAACCAGAUAAAGAGAAAGAAACAAAUACUGAUGAAGAAGAGGGAAGAAGUGAGACCCAAACAAUGACAACCCCAACAGGACUUAAAGAGACAGAUGUUGAGACAGAGGUUAAUGCAGAGAAACAAGAAGAUAGUUCAACCCCUUCAUCAGUUGAUUCUGCUAAAAACAAAAGUCAGUGUGUAAUUCUUUAGUUUUGUUUUUUUUUUCAAAAAUAUAUGCUUUUCAAAAUUAGUUUUUAAAACUUUUUGUGCAAAAAAACUAGGCAUGGGCAGAUGUCCAGGAUCAAGAUACACAAAGGUUUUCUAAAGAUAACAUUUAAAACCCACUAAAAUGUUCUUUCAUACAGUUCGUACUGGUUAAAGUCCUUUUAUGAAAUACGAAACAGUGCCAGACUGAGCAUGUGGGACUGUAUGAUGCAUAGAUGAAGGGUGAAAGUUUCUGGCCCUCUACCACUUAGUGCUUUAGAGGUUUUGAUCAUUUGGUAUCCGACUUUUUCAGGUACGAAAUGGUAUCGUCUGCUGUUUCAUAUCGACUGUGUGUCAGCUCAUACCUGCCAGGGAGAUGUUUUCCAGUCAAUAAUAUCAACCAGUAAUUCUUUUGGUUGAUCAAUGGUUAUAAUCAGUCAUAUUUUAUAAAUCAAUAGGCAAAACAGGGAUUGCAACCAAAAUAAAUGGGAAUACUAUUCCAACAUUAUGUAAAAAAUACUUAUCUAAAAAAUAAACACAUAUUUUG